AUGAAGGUGAUUGUCAUGAUAGCUCUCACAGUAGCAUUGGAGAAUGCUCCCAAAGGUAAGGACACGGCGCCUCCCGUCCCACUGCCCCGGAAGAAACUCCCCGGCAAGGUCGACGGCGCAGACGCGCCUCCACUCGCCGACCCGGCGGACGACGUCGACGGCGACGGCGCGGUCCCGCCCCCGCUGUCUCGCACCGGCUCGGGGAGCAGCCUGGGCAUCUACGGCAGCGUGGGCCGCACGUUUGGUGCCGGCUCGUCCCUGCUGGCCAUGUCGUCGGAGACCAGCAGUGUCGGAACCGGCUGCGCCGAUGACGGUGCGGACGCGGACGACGGGCUGCUCGGCGUGGAGGAGUCGCUCUUCGACCGGGAGGCUGCCGUGCCCGAGGAGGAGUUCGUCGACUUGGAGGACGGGGAGGAGCGCGUCGGCGGCCGCCUGGGCCGCUGGCCCAACUCUGAGAACCUGCAUGCGCUCCUGGGAAGAGGGUCGGUGAGCUCGAAGCACAGCUCGACCGCACCGGAUGAGGACGAUACGGCUGUGGACGAAGGCAUCGGCAACGACGACGCGGCCGAGGAGGUGGCACGGGCUUUCGCGAGUGCCGCCGCUGAGUUGGAGGCGGCCAUCUUGGCUGAGGACCUUGCCGCGGCCACUGCAGAAGCUGAGGAGAAUCCUGCUGCGGACUACAGCACCUUCGACCCUCCGUGUCCGAAGAGCCUCAGGGCUGCCAACCUUCCGCCGCAGCUGCCCCCGUCGCCAGACCCGCCCGCAGUGGUGGCGGACGCCGAGGACUGGCACUACGAGAUCCCGGCUCCACCCUCGGCAUUCAGGGAUUCGGCGAAGACUCCGCCACCGACGCCGUGGUCUUACGAGGAAGGGGAGGUGCGCAGCAAAGCCAACCCUCUGUACGACAGCCGUGAGUUCGUGGCGGAUUCGUCCGUGGCGAAAGAGAAGUCCGACAGCUCCGGGGAGCCGACUGCGGCCACCGAACUGAGGUAUUCCGGCCAGACGACGGACGGCAGUAAUGCGCAGGAGCCGGAGGAAGAGGUGGCUGACCGGCAGCGGGCACUGACGGGCACGGAGCGGCAGCUGCAGGGCGUGCUGGACGCUAAGGCGCGCCUACUGCUGCCGCAGCCACAGCCGCAACUCAUCCAGGGCCCGGCGGCGGAUGCGGACGCGGUUCUCAAGGACACUGACGACGGACCUGCGGAGGACGGCACGUCGGACGUGCCGGACGUCGGGGAAGACUCGUCCGUGUCGCAGGAGAACCACAGCCACAGCCUGCUGAACCACCACCACGCGGGGCACCUGCACCGGCACCGGCACACUGCCGACGAGCACCACCACGACCACCGUCACCAUCUCCACCACGACGACCACCACCACCACGACCCGCACUCUGCCAAUGUGGGGAUGCCGGCGUACCUCACGGAGACCAUCGACACUCUGGAAGGGUUUGAGGACCUGAUUGCUGUCGGCUCUGGUUCGAGGCCACCAGAGGAACGUCAGAAUGUGGAGGGCGGCAGCAACGGUGCUGCGGAAUUGGAGGUAGUGAGAAGGAACUCUUCUGGUGUAGAGCGACCUGUGGUUGUUGCCGAAGUUGUCAAGAGUUCCGAAGGCGGCGCCACUCCGGAAACGAGUCCGGUCGGUGCGGAAGUCGUGAAAGUAGCGAGGAGGAGCUCCGCUUCCAGCUACGGGACGUCGACCGAGUCGGAGAAGGGCUCCGAGAGUUCGAGCGACCUGUCCGUCGAAUCGGGAGAAGUUCCUUCUCGGAGGAGACCUUCCGGGGAGCUCGGCGUCGGCGACGGGAAGGCGUCGAAGGACGAGGGUACCCGGGCAGAGUCGGACCGGCAGCAGAGGGCGCAGAGGCGGAGGACGGUGGAGGUCGCGGGGCCGCUGGUCAACUUCACCAUCACCACCUACCAGAGAGAGAUCGACCCGGACAAGAUAUUCGCAGAAGCGGAGGAUGCGGCAGACAGCCGCGUGUCCGCGGUAACGGCGCUGUCGUCGGUCGCGGGCGCCGGUGGCGAGAGGCGGCCCUCGCAGGUGUCGAGGUCGAACUCUGUCGGCGGCUCCGGCUCCGCCUGCAGCUCCUCUGCCGGAUCUUCUCGGCGAGGCAGCCACGCAGAGCAGCAGCGCGGCGGGUCUCUUGCUCCGGGGGUGAAGCGGUCUGUCUCGAAUGUGUACGCCGCGCUGCAGGACGUAGCUGCGCGGGAAGAAGCACGCGCCAGAGGUGCUGCGGAGUCUACCAAUGAGGAGGACAGUGGCUCGUCUCAGCUGCAAUCGGUGCAGGUGCUGCGCAGCAUACUACCCCAGCUGAAGACGGCACCAGAGCGGGAGCUGUCCAGUAGCAGCAGUGAAGGAUCAGGUGCGACGGCAGACGCCUCGGCAGCAGUACCGCGGUCGGAGCGGCCGCCGGAGGACUCGCGGAAGACGGCGGGAGAGGCUCGGGUCACGGAAGUCGGCACUAAGCCGCAGCCGCAGCCAUACCGGCCGCCGGCAAUCAGCUUCGCCUCUUGGGGCGAGCGGCCGCGCGACCGGGCCGUCUCGCUCAAGGUGGACAGCGACUACCGCGUGGGCGGCGCUCACACCCAGGCACAACAAACCUCACAAGAACCUCAGACUGCGAGUGCAGAUGCUACUGCCGACAUCGCCAAAGCUCCCACGCUCGACGGCGCGGUACCGGAGAAAAAGCCGGAACCGGUGACGGCAGUGCCUUCCGGACAGAACGUGCACAUCAGGAGUGUCGAGCCGGCACCUGCACCUGCGCCGCCAGCUGCCGCCAAGGUGGAGCCCACGGUGAUCAGGAUAUCGACUGCGGAGCCCAGGAUACGCGCCGUGCAGCUGAAGUCGCAGCCCGCUCCCUCUGGGGUGCAGAGGUCGGACCCCGCGGCCGCACGACGGGACGGUGCCGCCCUGACGAUGCGCAUCAUCUCGCACACGACGGCGGCUCCCUUCGUGAGGCAGGGCACGACGAGCGUGACGGUGAACGGGGACGAGCGAGUGGUGCCCGUGGUGCGAGCUGUCGAGCUCAAGAAGUCGGCGUUGCAGCAGGUGGACAGGAACGGACAGGUCGGCAGUGCGGAAGAGGAGGAGAGGUUUGUCGGCGUCAGCUCGCUCGCCAAGAGGUUCUCCGUCCUCGGCGACAACACCGUCGUGCAGAGGCGGAACUCGGGGGUGAGCAGAGUGGCACGGCGACCCGUCUCGGAGCUGGUGACGGCCUCGGAUGCAGCGUCCGCGUCCGUAUCGGCGGACCCCGUCGGCCCAGUUCACCGGACGGGCAGCUUUGCCAGCCUCGUCUCCGCCAGCAGGGCCAGCCAGCUGGGGCGCUCGGACAGCUCGGACGACACCAGGAUCGGCUCCUCGGCAGGUCUGGUGUCACAAAAUGGCCUCGUGAGUCCUACGGCGAAGCAGGCACCGGUGACAGUGUCCGCCGCACCCAAGGGCUUCCCUCUGCCUGUCGUCAAGGGCUUCCGGGUGCCCGGGGCCGGAGCGCCGGAACCCAGAAAGGGCAUCACGCUCGUCGCUAAGCCCAAGGUGGGCGCGGGGGUGGCCCCUUCUGCGUCCGCACCCGCGCCGGCGCAGAACCCGCAUGAGCAGCUGAUGGCCGCCAUCAGGGGUUUUGGCGGCACUGGAAACCUCGGGAAGCAGACCCAGAAUGUUGCCGAGUGCGAGAGUUGAGCAGUCCGCCGCUGCAGCUUCCUCGGAGAUAUGUGACAGAACAGCGUGGGAACUUACUGCAUUGCAGAGGCCUCCCUCUGUGUUAAGAGGACGAUAGUGCAAGUGAGAGACGUCAGAUGCUGAAAUACCGAAUGCAGUAGACAGAGAUGACAGUGCCGCGCCCGAAAGCCUAGGUGUCAGUCGAGCCUGGUGCCUCCUGUGCUGGGACAAACACAGAGACCCGGAGGUUGUGCCACUGAGAGCAGAAAAUGCACUGCACAACAUUAGUCUGUCAGUUCCGACAAUCGGAAGAGUGUUCGGUGUUGGGUGUAUCGAACUGCACGGUGGUGAUACGUUUGUGAGUGUGUUUAGGCUGCUGUGUGAUAUACGUGCAGUAUCUUUGUUGUGUGUAUGUAUGUAUGUAUUUUUUUUUCCUUUUUUUGUGGAACUCUUUAGUUUUCAAGGCUGGAAGAGAGACUGAAUGUGUUAAGAAAUCUGGCAGCUUUCAAAUGUGACGAAUUUUGCCCUCAUUCUUUGUAAAAGAAGCUGGAGCAGUGUAAAAGUUUCUGUCAUUUUUCUCAAGUGACAAAAUGUUCAGGACACGUGAAGGGAUUUUGAUAGAGCAUUUUCUGUUGUUCUGAAAGAGAUUUUCAGUAGUGGGACACAUUUGUUGUUUGGAGAAAUCGGGAAUUACGGUGACGACAGUGUGCCCACCUUUCCUCGACCGUUCAGAAUUAUUAGUACGUUUGUCGAGGAAGGACAACUUCGUAGGCUGUACUGUGCUGUGGAGUGCUUUGUGUGCUCAGUAAACGAAAACUCGAGGGCAUUUUUACGUGGAACGGAUGAAGUGAAUACCGUGAAAGGAAUAAGGGUGCAUAAGGCACUCCGUAGUUUCCCUCGUGUCGGAAAUGUGCCUUUAUUGCAUUCGUUCCGCUCGUCAGUUGAUCGUUAGGGGUGCACCGUACUAAAGUGUUUGGUUGCUAGCAAAAGGGGAAGCCUCGUCUUCGAACAGCUUAUUUAAUUUCUGGUACAGUCACCCAUUCCACUUAAUCUGCUUUGUUUUAGUAAUGUGGGACCAAUUACUUUUCAUAUUUUUGUUUUAGGAAUGAUAACAGUGAGUGUUGUAAAUGGCAGUGAUAUCUAAAAAUGAAGACUGCAUUUCACAAAAUGGCAUCACUGUGUUCAUAGACACAAAAGUAUUCUUUCGUGUUUGUGUGUGUUUUAUUGGAGUUGUAGAAGGUGAAAUAAUUUCAAGAUAAUACACACACAGUUAACAGAAAAGAGAGGGGAACCCAUCAGUUUUUUCUUCUCGGGUGAAGCAGUGGGCGUAAAAUAAUUUGUUGCAGUUUUAGGACGAGAAAGCAGAUAUUAUUUUUGCCUCGUGUGUGUGACUUAUAUUUUUGAUAUGUUAUGUAAAGGACAUUUGUAUUGAAAAUGCUGGGAUUUAAAAAAACCAACUUGGAGAUGCUAAACGUUUUUCUACUUAAAGCAGGGAGGACUAGAAAAUUCCCUUAUUGUUCUUUUGAAGGAGAUACCUGUCACUUGUUAUAUGGAUGUUUCAUGCUCUAAACAGUCAUUACUUUUUAAAGAAAAACGUAAAUAUAUAAUCAAAUCAAAAUAUGUUGUAUUGGAAAGAAAGGGUCAUUUAUGUAACAAUGGGAUUACUUUUCAUUGUAUUCUGAUGAUUUCUGUAUUCAUGUAUGCUAUCAUGUUUGGGUUUUUUGUUGUUAAAGUGUGUAAUCAAUGCUAAUGGAGAAAAUUACAUAUUUAUUCCAUGGGGUUUGUUUAUGAUAUUAUUAUCCACAUUACGUAUUAAUGUUUGUUAUUAAUCAGGGGCAUUUUAUGACUGUGGAAGUGGCUUUUGUUAUUUAUGUCUAAAAUUAAUUGUAUGUUCUUUGUCUUUAAUGGAAAAGAAGGGAGAGCACUGAAGUGGUACAGGUGCAGCAUUGAAGCUGUGCAGACGUGCUAAUUCUCUCAAGUUUUAAACGAUUUCGGAUCUUCAUAGAAAACAAUGUUGAAGAGCACUUUUAGCUCUUUAUUGAAACAAAUUGUUUUACAUUUGGAACUAAAUGUACUCUGUAAACAAUAGGAUGGUGUGUUUCCCGGAAGCACUCACCUGAUCAAAAAUGGUCGGUGCCUUCAGUUUACUGUUCAGUCCGUGGCCUCUUAUGAUGGCCAUUUUUUUCCCCCUUUUGCUCCAGAGCCAGUCGGCGCAAGUCUUGUGCUAGUCAUAUAUAAUUUUCUCUUGUGACGAGAUGCACAUGUUACGGUCAUGCAAUUUUCCUCUUGGUGUCAUGUGGGGCAUUUCCUCUUCACGUUUCUGUCAACGCUGUACAAAAAAAAAAAAAAUUCAAAGGAAUAUCUACACUUUGUCAUGUAUAUUUAACUUCCUAUAUUUAUUGGUAAACUGGUGUGUCAGUUUAUAGCUGAAUGUUCUGGCACAUAGUUCUGAAAGAGUUAAUGUUUUUUAGCUUAUUCUUUCUUCUCGUUGUCUAUUCCACUUCUCCAGUGACCUUCUGUUUCACCAUCUCCCACCCACAUGUGUGUGGAACUAGAUUUUUUUUAUAUACACAUAUGUUAGCUCACUUGAGCUGUGAUUACCCAAUGGGGAUGUUGUGAUGUGGCUAAAGUUUUGUUGAGAUGCUCUGAAACUGUCUGUACCUUGCUAGAUCGUUCUUAAGUCACUCAUCUUCUUGUUCCUUUGCUGAUUCUGUAAGCUGUGUCAUCUCGUCACAGCCCUGUGUAACAUGUUGAACUUUUUUGUUUUCAUUCUUUGUUGUAAAUAACAUGCAUAUACAUUACAAAUUAUCAGACUGUUUCUAUGAUUAUAAUUAUGUAUCAUUAUUGUAAUUAAUUCAUUAUGUAUGUAUCAUCACUGAAGUGUCAAAUGUUUUUGUUGUGGUAAAAUAAAUAGAAAAUUAUAUUAAUAA